UCAUCAUCAAGUUUUCAAUCGAUUUUAUCAUCCUCGCCUUCCUUCCAUUAUCAACAAGUUCUUGGCGAUAGAAAUGAUACAAUUUUAAGGAGAUCCGGUAGUGACACAAGUUUUGGAGACAAGACUGAUAGUUUUCCUGAGUCAGCACACAAGUUCUCAGUUCUUUCUGAUAAGUCAUGUGCUGCUGAAAAAUAUGCUCUCGAGCAUGAAGCUGAAAUCGAAUAUGUCACAAAAUUCAAAAAACUUGACCAGUUCUCGUUAUGCAUGUGGAAGCUUGAACAGAGAUUGAUACAUGUUUAUUAUAUUUUUAUAGUGCAUGACGAACCAAGAGAAAUUCAGUUUUGGAUAUCAAACGUGAACAGCUCAAGUUUCAUAACUUUAGCUGUGCGUGGCCACUCAUUAUAUCGACUUAACUACCCUCUUGCUAUGAAAAAAUGGCAUCACAUGUGCACUUCAUGGAAUGGAAAAACCGGCGAAUGGCAACUUUGGGUUAAAUCGGAAAGAGUUGGAAGAGGUUUUUAUAACAGACUUGUCUCACACGAAAUUGAAUCGAAAGGGAAAGCUUUCUCUGGAGGAAAAUCACCGAACGAUCGAACAUGUUAUGGCCUUCACUUCGAAUUGACAUUACUUCAGUUAUAUUCAGUCGCUUUGAGUGCCGGAAAAGCACACAGAGACCACAAACAUCAUCAUGUCCAUAAAUUUGAUUUUAAUGGAGAAAUAUCAACAACAACAAGUGCACCAACUCCACCACCAGUAGUUAAUCAACCAGUUAAUCCUCUAUUAGCAAAUGGUCAAUUUCCGACUAAAGUUAAAAUUAAUGUAGCUCAAGUACCACCAAAUGCACAGUCACCAACUUUGAGUACUAAUUUUGUAAAUGGCCAAUUCCAUGGAGGAUCUCGAAUCAUCCAAGAGCAGUUGAUUAGUGGAAAGUUUAAACAACUUGCACAGCAACCUCAACAAUUGCCUUCAAGUUUACAGAAAGAAUUUUCUUCGUUAAAAUCGUUGCCCAUCCAAAUCACCAAGCAAGAAUUUGAAUCUUUACCUUCCUCGUAUGUUGGAUUCCAAAACUCACCAGUAAAUGUUCAAAUAAUUGAUGAGAAAGAUUUACCCGACUUAAGGUUUAAAAGACAAUCAGAAAAGGAAGAAGCUACAAGAGAGAAACGUCAAUUUAAAAUACCGACUGAUAGUACCUUAUUAGAUAUUUCAUCAUUUGACACUGAUUGGUACGAUGGUUUGGCACAAUUUGGCGAUAAUGAUUUUAAAGAUUCUCUAUUAAAAAAAGAUAAUCUAGAGGAAGAUAUAAAGGAGCAUGAUAGAGAACCUGCUCAAGGAGAAGUUGAGGCAGUUGCUUCUUAUUGCAGUUACUGCUUGUUAGAGCCAUUCCAACAAGCUUUAGUGCUUUCAUGGAAAACAGCAACACCUGGGCCUAAAGUACUCAAGGCAAAAGCUGCACAGAUUUGUGGAGAUUUCUAAACGGAAUCGAGAAAUUCUCACACUCUAUAAAUGCUUCCAUCGAAAUACUUUGAUUUUUCGUUUUUUAAGAAGUUUUUGUUUUAAACUAUAUGUGUUCUAUAAAAAUUUUGAUUCAGGCAUUAUCAACAAGCUUACCUUGCUUUUAUGAAUAUGUUGAUGCUGAUAUUCCGAAUCAAAUUCAGGCUCACUAAAAUAACUCUAUAAAAGAAAUAUGUAGUAUAAGUAAAGAUAAAAUUGA